UUCUUUCGUUUCCUGUGAAAUGUCUAAAUAGAUUUUAUUUGACUAUUUAUUUUUAUUUAAAGCGAAAGUAUAUUAUGAUUAAAGUGACAAUGAAAAUUUACAUAUCCCUUACUUAUUUCAAAUGUUUCACAAUGUGUCAGCAGUUGUGCAGUGUGUCUGAAUAAUUUAUAAAAAAACCUUCAGUAGUCUAGACUAGAGACAGUACGACAGAACUCUAGAAGCGUAGCGAUAUUCUGGUCGAUCGAUGUCAAAAUCUAGCGCGGUUAGUUAUUCCAAACUGAAAAUCCACGAACUUACGCUAUCCACGAACUUGCACUAUGCAACAAUAUUUAGUGAACACUAAUGGUUUACAUUGAUCAGAAUUGUGGCAUACGAUAAAAACGAAGGGAUUUCAAUGAAGGACAUUGGCCAACAGGGUCUGACAUAGACGAAAUGAGGAAGAUGCUUCCGGGUAUUGGUGUAUUUGGUACAACGCCCAAUAUAAGAUCUUUUGUGGCCAUUCUGAAUUCAUGUGGAUUUAGGGUGGUUGCAUUAUGGGGGCUUGUCAAGUCGGAGGCAGCACAGUUAGCCAGCGAGCUUCAGAUUCCCUUCAGCACCGACAAAGUUGAUGAGAUAUUACUGAACAAGGAUGUUGACGUCGUUGUGAUAAGUUGCCCUCCACACAUGCAGUCGCCAAUAGCAGUGAAGGCCCUUGGCAUUGGUAAGCAUGUUCUGUGUGGUACACCAGCGGGCCCAACACAAAUUGAUUCCCUUAAAAUGGUGCAUGCAGCACGGUACUAUCCGAAACUGGUCGCAAGAAUGAUCUACGGACUAAGAUUUCUGCCGACGAUCAACAACAUGAAAAAACUAAUUGAUGAAGGAUUUCUUGGUGAGCUCAAGAUUUGUGAAAUCAGGGUUAACUUCUGGAAUUACCCUAAAGAGAAGUUUGAUUGGACAUGUGAUGAUAUUAUGGGAGGGGGUGUUUUGAAUUCUAUUGGAAGUAAUCUCAUCGACAUUGUCACUUACCUAACCUCGCAGAAAGCAAUCAGUGUUCAUGGAAUGCUGAAGACAUACACGAAACAAACAGACAAAAUCAAAGGCAUCCGGGAAAUCACCAGUGAUGAUUUCUGUUCAUUUCAGCUGGAACUAGAUUAUGGGGCCUGUGCCACUGUCACCAUCAACACACACAUGCCAGGGCAGUUUUAUCAGGAGAUCACUAUUGUUGGGACAAAAGCACGUCUCACUGCAAAGGGCGCUGAUCUGUAUGCACAAAAGAAUGAUUCAAGGAAGGAAGAUCUGCUGCAUUUUGAUCCAAUCAACUUCAAGGAGGAGGAGCGGUAUGGAGUAUCAGAGAAGACAAGGACUCUUAUACCAACACCAUAUCUGAAAGGCGUCAUACGCAUGAUGGAGUGUAUAAAGGAGUCCUUUGACAAAGAAGAGGAGAGGAGCAACUACUGCCAGGAGAUGCUAGAGAAUGCUGCAACCUUCGAGGACUGUCUGUAUGUACAGACUGUUAUCGAUGCUAUACGGAGGUCAGACCAUAUCAAAGAAUGGGUGAAAGUUGAAGUUAAAUCAGAAGAACAAAAUGAAAGCCCUAUUCUUACUCAUUCUUCUAGCAAACAUUCAAACCAAGUUUAAUAAUGAGUGACUGUUUUUUGUUGUGUACACAUAUCAAAGUACAAAGUGUAUUCUUUUUUCAUGGUAUUACUGUGACUUAAAUCGUUUAAUAAUGGUUGGAAUGUUUUGAAGAUGGAGUGGAAAAUUUAGUGUGACAAAUUCAAUAAUUACAUAAAAUACAUCAGAUAACUUAAGAAUUAGUCAAUAGCUCAGUCUAAAAGAGGCUUUGAAAAUACAUACAUGUACUUGAUGCAAUAUUUGUUUUGAUUCAGGGAAUUUGUAUUAGUAGUAGCAUAUCAUUGUCACAAGAACAUUUACUAUCUGAGAAAAUCUGAAGCUUAAAUCCAGUCUCUAAAUACCCGCAAUCCAAGGAUUUAAAGUUUUGUUGUUAUUUGUCAGUUUUUGCUCACCUUAACAUAAUGUGCUGAAGGAGGGCAUUUGUGAUCAACAUAUGUCUGUGUUGUGUGGUGUUCAGUUGUGUUGUGUACAUUGUCAACUUCUGGCUUGUUACUCUCGUAGAGGUCACAUUUUUCAUCCAAUAAGUUCUUUAUGAAACUUGGUCACAAUAUUAAUAUAGAGUAUAUCUAAAUCAUCAGACAUAAUCUGAGAAAAACCUUGUUAUCACUCUUGAGGCCACAUAAAGAGAGGGAAGAAUGCUUAUGAUCUUUACUAAAUGCAGGCUGAAUUUGAAUCUUAGUCAUGUGUGUUUAAAUUCUAGGUCACCAGGUCAAUGUUAAAAAAAGCUUAUUACCACUUAAGAGGCCACAUUUAUGAUUAAGUCUUGAUGAAAAUGUUUAUCUUUGCAAUAUCUAGUCUGUAAGUUAUCUGCGUCAUGUGCGUAAAAAUCAUGUGAAAUCUUUGAAAAAUCUCUUUUACACUCUAGAGGACAUAUUCUGGAUACUUUAUGGUCAGAAUGUAUAUCUUCACAACAUUUAGACAGCAUUAUUUUGCGGAUUGAGAAAAGUCAUUUCAACACCAUUUGGUCAAUUGGACAAAAAGUGUGGAUAUUAGGAAAAUUUGCGUUGUCAAAUCUUCAGAUUGGGAAUGUAGCAGGGUUUGGUAUAAGGAGGACUUAUACUGCCUUGCUAUAAAAUUUAGCUCGUAUAGCAAGGCAGGAAUUACGUUGUUUUUUUAAUAGCAAAAACCCAUCUUAAUAUUCUUUUACAUGCUUUUUUGCUCACAUGUACAGUUUCAGUGCUCAUUUUGUUCGUUCUUUUGCUGUUGAAAGAAAAUUUAUGCAAAUAUCCUUCUUUUUGGGAAUUGUUUGAAUGGCCAUUGGAAAUGUUGCAAUUUUUUAUGCUUGGGAAAGUGUCUUUUACAGGUAAUUUAGAAAGAAUGAAACAAAAUGCUGCUAAAAUAAGUUCAAAUUUGGGUCUUAAGCCUCCAAAAAUUUAGGUCACCAGGUCAAUUUCACACAAAUGUUGUAACCACAUAAGAGACCUCAUUCAAGACAGAAUCUCUUGACAACAUAAAGGUUGAGUUUGAAUCUGUGUGUCAUGUGUGUGCACAAACAAAAAAUGCCACAUGUAUGGCGCAAUCUUUAUCAAGCUAGGUUAGUAUGGUUAUCUUUGCAUGAUUUAGGCCAAGUACAAAUCUGGGUCGUUUGUGUUUAGAAGCUAGGUUACCAGGUCAUAUCUUUUAAAAAAUCCUAGCACUUUAAUGUCAAUAUUUAUGACUAAACCUUGAUAAAAACUUCAUCAUAAUGUUUAUUUGACAAUAUCCAGGCCUAGUUAUACUCUUCCAAUAUGUGUCUAAAAACUAGGUCACCUGUUCAAUUAUUUAAAAUACUUGUUACCACUGCAGGGCAUCAUUUAUGACUUAUUGAAGAUAUAACAUGGUCAGAAUCAUUAUCUGUACAAUACAAAUCUGUGUCACAUGUUGUCAAAAACAAGCUCACCUGGUCUUCAACAAUAUAUUGUCCGUGAACUCAGGGUGAGUGCUUCAGGGCCAUCAUGGCCCUCUUGUAAGUUUUUCACUUAGUGGUAUUUUAAACACAAAACUAGCAAUACUUUUCACUGUUUUAUUGUCCUUAUGUGUUUACAUUUAGCAUUUAUAUGUUGCUUGUUUUCUAUUCAAAACAUAUCUGGAAGAAAUAUUGCUUGCACUAGCAUAUUAUGAAAUAUGGAUAUUCAAUUAUUCACUUCAAGUUUGAAUUAAACACAAUUUUGAACAUUCUUAAUGUACCGUAAAUCUUCUUCAUUUAAAGUGCAUUUCUCCCUUUUUAGCAAACCUGAGGAAGAAGUAUGAGCACUUAAUAUUAGUUAAGUGCUUAAAUAGGCAAAGCUUGACCUAAAAAAAAUGUAGUAGUUUAAAUACCAAUUGUCAUAUGACUAAAGUGAAGUACUGUAAACAGCAAAAAUGAAUCACAAACAACAAAUUGAAUAUUUCCCUAAGUAACUACAUAGUCCUAAAAAUAAAUAGUAUUAUAAUACAUGGGUUUAAGUCUAAGAGUUUACUGUUUUUAUGACCAAACCAGUGAACAUUUCUUGUGAUAUCUUGUCAGUACUACGCAUUUGUUGGUAUGUACAUGUAGCAUCAUUAUUAUAUUUUCUGUUAAAACUGUUUUAUAUAGAUCACAAGUGCUUGGGCAAUUGAUUAUAUAAAGAAGGUUGCAUUUAAAACCUUUAUAGAAAGUGAUUUUUUUUGCUUUUAUUUGUUACAGCCUGUGCCAUUUGAAUUGGGAAAAUUAGCGCGGCAAACCAUGAAAUUGGGAAAAAUAGUGCGAUAAAAAUUGGGAAAAAUUAAGCAUUAUAAAUUUGAUUAUAAGUAACAGAAUUAAAAUUGUUUUAAAGUGCAUGUUCAGGGGGUUUUCUAGCCAUUUUUGGUGAAUGUCUGGUCAAAUUGGGAUUGUUUUAAUUGAUAAAAGUGGUAAACUUGGGAAUUAUUUAUUGACAAAAAGGAAUAGAUUAUAGUUAUAUAGUUUGUACGAUGUUUAAAUAAAAAGUUGAGAUCUAAAGUUAAGAAAUCAUAAGUCAUAAGAGACUUCUUUAAAAAAAAAAAAAUUGUAAUUUUUGGCUUUUUGGGGAAAUUUUGGUCAGCUUUUUGGGAUAAAACGUUGAUUUUUGCAAUUGGGAAGCAGCCGAAAAUCGGCUGUAGUUUUAAGCAAAAAAAUCACUGAUAGAGCACAAUUUUUAUGCCUCCAGCAUCUUUAGAUUCCAGCGGACAUACAGUCAUUGGCCCAUCCCAUCGUUUUUCGUACUUCAAAGUUUAAUAAUUUCUUGGAUGAUGUCUAUCAACAUUAUUUACAUCACAUUGCCGCAUAAUGACUUUAACUUUGAACUUAGACUAAUUCAAAUGGCCCAAUGAAUCAAUACUGACUAUGCUUGAGCUUCUAUGGUUGAUCUGUUUUGAAUGUUGGUAUGUACUAUGAUUAAUGUGCAAUGUAGUUUGUUGGUAAAAUAGUGUAUUUUAACACACAGUACUUAGAGUUUUCUUAAAUUGAAGUGACAUGGAGGUCACAAAUGACUUCUAUAGUUUUACAUAUCAGAAUUUAGAUGUUUUAGAAGAGUUUAGUUUAAAUAUGUAAAUUAUAUAUAUAUAUUCUCCAACAGUGAAUACAUUUAUGAGCUUUAACCAAUAUAGUAUUAAAUUACAUUCAACAUCCAUAGGUUUAAAUUUAAAAUAUGCAAUGUGACGUAAGGCUCGUACUUGUUUGCUUAGUGUGUUAUUUUGAACAUCUUGAACAAGAGAUGUGUUUGUCAGAAACACAAUGCCCCCUAUUGCGUCGCUUUGAAGCCAUUAAUUUGACCUUUGACCUUGAAUGAUGACCUUGACCUUUAGCCACUUAAAAUGUGCAGCUCCAUGAGAUACACAUGCAUGCCAAAUAUCAAGUUGCUAUGUUCAAUAUUAAAAAAGUUAUGACCAAACUUUAACGAAGGUUAAAGUUUAAGGAAAGAAAAACCAAUGAUAUUUGACUUUGACCUUGAAGGAUGACCUUGACCUUUAUUUUUCACCACUCAAAAUGUGCAGCUCCAUGAGAUACACAUGCAUGCCAAAUAUGAAGUUGCUAUCUUCAAUAUUGCAAAAGUGUUGUGAAACACACAUACAAUGACUGACUGACACAAUGACAGACAGGCCAAAAACAAUAUACCCCCGAUCUGUCGAUCCGGGGGCAUAAAAGUGGUAAACACUUUAAAUAAAUAGAUGGAUUUUUUAAAAAACAAUUUAAAUUUUUUGUGCCAGAAAAUCAUAGUGACUUUAGCAAUACUUAAUAGUUAUUGUACAUGUUGUAUAUUAAAUAAGAAAUGGUCAAGUUGGAAAAAAUUCUCCACUUUAACUCUCCAGAAAUUUGGCUUAAAGGGAUCUUUUCACGCUUUGGUAAAAUGACAAAAUUGAAAAAAGUUGUUUCAGAUUCGUAAGUUUUCGUUUUAGUUAUGAUAUUUGUGAGGAAACAGUAAUACUGAACAUUAACCAUGCUCUAAUAUAGCCAUUAUAUGCAUCUUUUGACGAUUUUAAAACCUAAAAAUUAUAAAGCGUUGCAACGCGAAACGAUUGAAUAAUUUGGAGAGUUCUGUUUUUGUCGUUAAAUUUUGUGAAACUACGAAGAUUGCUUAUAUAAGGUAUAAAAUACGUCAAGAAUGUGUACUCGGCGGAAUAGCUCAGUAGGUUAAAGCGUUUUUACUUCAGGACUCUGGCAGGACUCCAGGGGUCACUGGUUCGAAACCUGUUCCGGGCAAUGUUCUUUUCCUUUUUUUAAAUUUUUUCUUGAUUUUUUACUGGAGCUUUUACGAUCCAAUGUUUACAUUUAUCAAUAUAAAGCAUUUAAUGAAUAAGUUAAAAAAUGCCAAAAUCUGUGAAAAGGCCCCUUUAAGAAAUUUGGAAUGAUAAAGUUAAGUAUAUUUAGAUGUUCUGCUUACAUUUUCCCUUCAUAAAUACCUUAAUUUGAAACUUAAACCCCUUAUAAAUAAUAAGUUCUAAUAAGCACUUUUGUCUAUGAUGUAACAAUUACUUACUUUGCAUAUUUAUAGUACAAGUUUGUAAAUAGUGUAAAUAUUUAAUUAUUUAUACUUAUCAGUUAACAAUGUAGAAAAGUGAUUGGACAUAUAGUUAAUAUUGGCAUUUUGAAUUAAACUAAAUUAUUAUGCAUGUUAGUUGUUAAAACUUCAUCUUUACCUUAUUAUCAUUUAAAAAAAUGAAAUUUCAAACAUAUAAAUAAGAUCAAUAGUAAACAUGAUACACUUUGUAUACACAAACGUAUAGGAUUGUAAACUAUCAUAUAUUUUGGAGUGUUCAAUGUUUGAAAAUGUUUGAGUCAGGCGAACUGUCAAAUUUUGUCUGGGCAGGCUGCAUGCGGCAAUUUAUACUAAUUUGACACAAAUGAUUACAUUGUCCUUAGCUGAUAUGUCAAGGACACAUGUAAAGGUCACAUAUCAAAUUUGGACAUAGAAAAACACUUGCCACAAAAAUGAACAUGUGGAGACGUCAUGUCAUGUGUGCUUUAAAAUAUAAGCAACAUACAGUUGUUUUGUUUAUUAACAAUAUUUUCUUCAUAAAAUUUGUGUUUAAGUGCUGGCGUCUUUGUCCAAUCAGUGUUAUUGCCCUUGCAAUGUAUCUUUUAUAAUUUCGAUAUACAUGUAAAAAGAUUUAAUGUUCAUAGUACAUGAGAAAACAAAUACUUGUUCAAGCAUUGUUUCUUGCUAAUCUUAACAAGUGGCCGGUGAAGUUCCAUUUAUAGAGUGGGAAACAUGUACAUUAUAUAUUCUAUUACUAGCACUGGUAUAGUAUUCAAAGGCAAUCAAUAAUGUUUAAAUAAAGUUCUUUGGAGGUAUCUGGUGUUGUAUUCACAAAAUGUUGUAUGUGAACAAAUGACAUUUCACACUUCAGCUGAGUCGUGCAUAAAUGUAUUUAAUGUGUAGCAGUGUGCUGAGUCCUAUCAAGAGCUAAUCUGUCAGCUAAUAAGACUUCAAAAUGUGGCGUGACUUUAUAGCAAACAGUGUAGCGUCUGACCAGACUGAUGGCAUAAGUACCAUUUUCCAAUGACAUGGCUCACUUUUUCCUCGAAGAAACUGUUUUAGUUAUAUGUUUAAUAUUAGGUUGCUGAACAACUGCAUGUCUGUCCUUUCAUAUUGUGAAUGUACUUGUUAUUUGGGUAGAAUUUAUUCUGAUGUCUAGGAAAUUAAGACUUUUUUCAUUCUAUCAUGUGUGUUAAGGAUUUGAAUUUUACCUUCGGAACUUGAAAUGUGUGUAUUUUCUAUCAUUUAUUCUUUUGUACAUUAAUGCAUGAUAAUGGUGUAUGGUGCAUCAAAUAAAAAUGUUUGACAGUUAUAUUUAUGUUGUACACAACAAAAUUGUUCAGAAUGCUUAAUAAUUUUCUUUGAUCUGUAUUUGCCAGAUAAAGAUCUGCUUAAAAAUCAACCUUUUUAUCAGGUGUUGAUUGUUAUAUUCCUUUGUUGUUAUGAGCUCACCUGAGCACAAUGUGCUGAUUGUAAGCUAUGGUGAUUGUCUUUAAUCCUGUCACUAUUUAACUGAGUUACUUGACAAGUUGAAGCAUGAAAUAUGUACAAUACAUUUGUCUCAAUGAUAUCUUCACCAAGUUCUGACAUGGUUCUGCUUGGUUGAAAAGAAUUUCCAACAUAUGGGAAAAAAAAACGAGGUGGCUAUGGUAAAAACUUUUCGGACAUUAAAGAU